UGUACGUACCCGCGUCCUAGGGACGCCGCGCCCGGGGUUCCCGGACGUCAGCGUUCCGACGCAAUGGCGGCGCGCCGGCGAGGGACGAGCGGCAAGCGCGCGCGAGAUUCAAUAGCAUUAAAUGAAACCGAGAGAGUUAAUGACAACCCAGCUCCAGAAGACUCUCCUCCUGCUAAGAGAACUGUGAGAUGCCAGAGGCAGAGGGUGAAAAAGGAGCCAGUGACUAGAGGAAAGACUGAUGAGGACGGGAAAGAAGUCAAACAAAGUGAAUCUGUAAGGAACUUGCUGUUGAAGGGCAAAGCUCCCGUUGAUCCCGAGUGUAAGGCCAAGGUGGGGAAGGCUCAUGUGUAUUGUGAAGGAAAUGAUGUCUAUGAUGUAAUGCUAAAUCAGACAAAUCUCCAGUUCAACAACAACAAGUACUAUCUGAUUCAGUUGUUAGAAGAUGAUGCCCAGAGGAACUUCAGUGUUUGGAUGAGAUGGGGCCGUGUUGGGAAAAUUGGGCAACACAGCUUGGUGGCUUGUUCAGGCAACCUCAACAAAGCCAAGGAAAUCUUUCAGAAGAAAUUUCUUGACAAAACAAAGAACAAUUGGGAGGAUCGGGAGAAGUUCGAGAAGGUGCCUGGGAAAUAUGAUAUCCUGCAGAUGGACUAUGCCAGCAGUACUCAGGGUGAAGAGGAAGCAAAAAAAGAACAAUCUUUAAAAUCUCCUUCAAAACCAGAAUCAAAGCUGGAUCUUCGGGUACAGGAGCUGAUCAAAUUGAUCUGUAAUGUCCAGGCCAUGGAAGAGAUGAUGAUAGAAAUGAAGUAUGAUAUUAAAAAAGCCCCACUUGGGAAGCUGACAGUGGCACAAAUCAAGGCAGGUUACCAGUCUCUUAAGAAGAUUGAGGAUUGUAUCCGGGCUGGCCAGCAUGGACGAGCUCUCAUAGAAGCAUGCAAUGAAUUCUACACCAGGAUUCCACAUGACUUUGGACUUCGUACCCCUCCAUUAAUCCGGACAGAGAAAGAACUGUCAGACAAAGUCCAACUGCUCGAGGCUUUGGGAGACAUUGAAAUUGCCAUUAAGCUGGUGAAGACAGAGCUACAGAGCCCUGAACACCCACUGGACCAACACUACAGAAACCUGCACUGUGCCUUGUGCCCUCUAGACCAUGAAAGCCAUGAGUUCAAAGUGAUUUCCCAGUACCUACAGUCUACCCAUGCUCCUACGCACAGUGACUACACCAUGACCUUGCUGGAUGUUUUCAAAGUAGAGAAGGAGGGUGAAAAAGAAGCCUUCAGAGCGGACCUUCCUAACAGGAUGCUGUUAUGGCACGGUUCCAGGCUGAGUAACUGGGUGGGGAUCCUGAGCCAUGGGCUCCGAGUUGCCCCACCUGAGGCUCCUAUCACAGGUUACAUGUUUGGGAAAGGAAUCUACUUUGCUGACAUGUCUUCCAAAAGUGCCAAUUACUGCUUUGCCUCUCGCCUAAAGGAUACAGGACUGCUGCUCUUAUCAGAGGUUGCUCUCGGUCAGUGUAAUGAGCUAUUAGAGGCCAAUCCUAAGGCAGAAGGAUUACUUCAAGGCAAACACAGCACCAAGGGGCUGGGCAAGAUGGCUCCCAGUCCUGCCUCCUUCGUCACCCUGAAUGGCAGCACAGUGCCCUUGGGACCAGCAAGUGAGACAGGAAUUCUGAAUCCAGAGGGUUACACCCUCAACUACAAUGAAUUUAUUGUCUAUAACCCCAAUCAGGUCCGUAUGCGAUACCUCCUAAAGGUUCAGUUUAAUUUCCUCCAGCUGUGGUGAAUGUCAUUGUUAGGUAAACUAGAGAAGAUACGAUCUUCAAGCAAAAAAAUAAGUACUAUUGUACUUUGGAGUUUGCUAAUAUUUUACAUAAUAAAAAUGUUACAAAUC